GCUGCUGGGAGCGGGGCGGCGCGGAGCGGGCGGCGGGAGCCGGGCUGCCAUGCAGUCUUCCCAGUCCCACUGGCUGACAGCAGAGGAGAGGAACCAAGUUCUGCUGGAUCUCAAAGCUUCAGGCUGGUCUGAGUCAGGCGAAAGAGAUGCCAUCUACAAAGAGUUCAACUUCAAAAAUUUCAAUCAGGCGUUUGGAUUUAUGACACGAGUUGCUCUACAGGCAGAGAAGAUGAAUCACCACCCAGAAUGGUUCAACGUCUACAGCAAGGUUCAGAUCACCCUCAUUUCCCAUGACUGUGGUGGACUGACCAAGAGAGAUGUGAAGCUGGCUCAGUUCAUUGACAAGGCUGCUGCCUCCGUAUAGUGCAGAGUGCCUUUCCCCACUGAAGUGGUAGAUUUCACUGGUACGGCUGCAAGUCGGGCUGUGAUGUCUCCUGUUCCUGGUGGAGGAGUGAAACGAGUCUCACCCAAUGUUUGGACGAUAUCUGCAGCGAACGGUGCAAACUCUGCUGUUAGAAAUUGAUACAGAGUGCCAAUGCUUCGCAUCAAGCCAAUAAAAUCAAAUUCCUCCUUUGUAA